AUGUUCUGGCUGCGAAGCGACAAAGCCUACAGUAUCUUCAUGAAGCCGGCUUGCGAUAUGGAUCUCCGUUAUUACCUGGAACACUGCAUAAGUCAGGGUUAUCCUCAAGUCGUCCUGAUGCAAAUGCUGCCGUGGCCUGGCUGCUUGAUGCACGCGCCAGCCUUUGCACACCGGCUAAAUAUCAAACACAAAGACAUCAAGCCUUCAAACAUCUUGGUCAAGGAGAGCCAUAUCUAUUUGGCUGAUUUCGGCAUUCGCAAAAGACGACGUUCCAGACGAUCUUGA